AUGACUCAAACAUUAAAAUUGGGCAUCAUUGGUGCGGGGGAAGUCUUUCAGGUGUGCCACGGUCCAUGCCUGUUACUCCUCGCACAUCUCUUCAAAAUCGAAUCUAUUUGUGACUUGUCCGCGAAAACAGUAGAUCACUGUGCCACCAAGUUCCACAUCCCGCACAAGACCACCAAGCCCCAGGAGGUCAUCGACAACCCCAAUGUCGACGUGGUCUUCAUCCUAACCUCCGAUGAGAGCCAUGCUCCACUAGCUUGUGCCAGUCUGCAAGCCGGAAAGCACGUCUUUAUCGAGAAGCCAGUGACGCUCUCCCUGCCAUCUUUGGAUGCAGUGAUUGAUGCCGAGAAGAACGCUCCCAAUGGUGCUCGCGUCUUCGUUGGGUAUAUGCGUCGCUAUGCACCAAGUUUCUUGGAAGCUUUCAAGAGAGAGAUUGCGACGAUUCCCAAAAUUCUCUACGCUCGCGUCCGCGACUUCAGCGGUCCAAACACGAGCUUCGUUAACCAGAGUGGUACAUUCCAAGCCAAGAACUCCGACUACCCACCUGAAGCCUCGGGGGAACGAGACGCUCGUCUCAAUGCCCUUUUUGCCGAGGCCUUCCCUAAUGAGACUAUCACCGAGGAGAAACAAAAAUAUUGUCGCUUCCUGGGCAGUCUGGGGUCACACGAUAUCUCGCUCAUGCGCGAAGUCCUUGGAUUUCCUCAAGAUGUGGCGGCUGUGUCCGUCAAUGACCCAUUCUAUACCGCCAUGAUGACUUUCCGUAACGCAGAUGGCUCCACUUUCUCGACAACCUACGAGAGCGGUAUUGAUGAGGUUCCAAUGUUCGAUGCGCACAUGGCUGUCUAUGGUGCUAAGAAGAGGGUCAUCAUCAAGUAUGAUAGUCCAUAUGUCAAGGGACUACCGAUCUAUGUGGAGGUUGAUGAGGUGAAUGAGCGAGGCGAGGCUCAGCACCGCCGGGUGCUAUCUUCGUAUGAGGAUGCGUAUACGGCUGAGCUCCAAGAGCUAUAUGAAGCCUUGGUCAAUGGCAAGCCCAUUAAAUCGACGGUUUCUGAUGCCAAGCAGGAUUUGCAGAUCUAUGACAUGAUGUAUAGUCGGUAUGCCCAACAAGUCGGAGGCAACCAAUGA